CUUCGAUCCGCUGACAAUUGUUCGUUCGGUGUUUUCCCCGAGUUGGGUAGCGUCAUGUCGCAAUUGAACGAUAUCGAUUCGACUUUCGCACUUGUCGACGCCGUGAAAAAAUAUCCGAUUUUAUACGACACGACCGACGUCGACUACCACGUCAAACACAAGCAUGACAUCGCCUGGAAGGAAGUGGCAAAAGAAGUUAACGCUCCAGCCACUUCUUGCAAAGAAAAGUGGAAAAAUUUACGAGCGGCAUACAGCAGACACAGGAGGCAGCAAAUCGCUUAUGAAAUGGGUGGAAAACCGAGAAAACCCUACUAUCUGGCUGAGUACAUGUCGUUCUUGAUUCCACACAGCAACGUCAAGCCGGUGAAUCGCAUCAAUUUCGGCAUAGCGUCUAACAACUCAGACCGCGAGAGCCAAGAUGACCAAGAAGCUUGCGUUGACAUUAAAGAAGAACGAACCGAAGAAUGGAGCAACAGCGCUGAAGAAGACGAACCUAGCAAAUUCGUCACCACGGAUAUUUUCGAAACGGAUUUUUCUACCUCAAUUCUUGAGUCUGGAGAGAAGAAAACCAGCGAAGAACUAAAGAAGAAAGACAGAACAGAACGAUGUUGUUUCACCAGCGGUCAAAACGACGACGAUGCUGAUUUAAAUUUUCUGAAGAGUCUCCUACCAGAUAUGCGACAAAUGAAGCAACGAAAAAAGAACCAGUUCAAAAUAGCAGUUUUAAAAACACUAGAAGAUUUUAUUGAAUAUUGAUUUUUUAGGAUAAUUUAAAUGUUCUCAAAUCUCCAGUUUGAGAACAUUCCCUUAUGUGAAGGAAAUAAAAUAAUAAACAAAGAACCAUCAGUUUUAAAAACACUGGAACAUUUUUAUAGAUUAAAAAUAAAAGUUAAAAUAUUUUUUUUUGUAUUUUCGUUCAUAUCAAUUCGAAGUAUUUUCACAAUAUAUACUUAUAUUCUUUCAAAUCUUGUGUUAUCAUAGUGACAACAUUUAUCUUUUUCCAUAGUUGAAAAUUGUCGUACAAUAUAAAUAAAAAUAUUAAACAAGGUGUUUCA